AUGAUCACCUCGGCCGCUCGCACCACCAUGCUCUCCAGGGCGACCUUGUCAACAUCACGUACCACUGGGUGCACGGCUCUUCAACGUCGAUGCUACGCCAAGGCAGCCGAUGCGGUGCCGGGUCUUGGCUCGAAACCGACUGCGGACAAGGCAAGCUCAUCGCAAGGCGGACAGCAGCAGUGGCAGCGCAAGCAGCCAUUGGCAACCGCACAGACGCUCACGCUCUUCUCCGAAACACCGCAGGGACUGCUCAUCGCGUUGCGGUCCACGCUACAGAGCAUGACGUCGCUCGCGGCUAGGCUUGGGCCAGCACCCAACGCCAAUGCGAGUCCAAAGCCCGGUCACCACGACCACGUCCUGCUGUAUGCGCUCAGCAAGGAUCUUCCGUCCCAGUACCUCAGCGAAGCCGUCUCGAUCCUGCGCGGUCCCGAUCCGGCUCCGGAUGCAUCGGCCUCAACCUCGCGCAAGCACGACAGCGGUCUCACAGCUGCACAGAUCGCCGCCAAGGAGGCCGAGGCAGCACAGACGCGCGCAGCGGGCGCAGAUGCCGACGCAGCAGCGGGCGCACGCAUCGCUCGCGUCGGCAUCCUCUCGUCGCCGCUUCCCUCGUCGCUCAUCCCAGCAAACGCCAUCGAGCCCGGUUCGACUCCCAUCGCCUCUCCGACGCUCUACUCUGCCGCACUCUCGCUGCUUCCCGGCGUCAACGCGAUUCCGUUCCGCUCGACCAUCCCUGGUCGUGCCGAAGUUGCCGUGGGCCGAUGGAUGGACCGCAAGCCGUCGUGGCAGCAGGGUGCCGAGCGUCGAGCCGACCUGCUCGACGACGGCAACGGUGCGCUCCCCGGCGGCAGCCGCGACUGGCGCGACAUCUGGGGCCGCGAGAAUCUCGAGGGCAAGGUCCCCGCAGGGUUGGAAACGCUCGAUCCGAACUCGGCGGCGUCGUUCAUCUUCUUCUCCGACACCUCGCCGCACGGCCUCAUGGAGGGGCUUGCGACGCAGUUCCCCGCGAGCUCCGUGCUCGGUCUCUCGGCGCCACCUACGCCGUUCGAGACGGGUCGCGAUCAGACGCUGCUCAUCUCGCUGCCUCAGGGCGGUGCAGGCGUGCAGCCGCACAGCAGCAUCCACGCGGACGGCGCCGUGGGCGUGGCGCUCGUGGCGAGCAGCGAUGCACGCGAUGCAGACCAUCUACCCAUCCCCAGCGUCACGACCAACUUUGAGGGGCUCAAGCCCUUCGGUCCGCGCAGGGAGAUCACGGCGGCGCAAGGCAAUAUCAUCUCGAACCUCGACGGUGCCAAUGCCGCACAGCAGUUCCUGCGGGAUAUUCAGACAAGAUCACAUCCUCUUGAUACCGAGUCGGGUGGUGCGAAGGGAGAGGGAGUCGACGAGCAGGCACAGAGCAUGUCGGAGCAACAGGCUCGUCAGAUUGCGGCGCGCGUCAAGAAGGAGGAAGACUUCUUCAUCGCCGUCUAUGCGGACAAGACGGGCACCGACCAGCCGCUACUGCUGGCACAGAUCCUGUCCGGCCAUCCAUCGCGCGGCACACUGUCCGUCGAUACGCAGGUCGAGCUCGGCCCCGGUCCCGGUCAGCCGCAGGGGACGAUGAAGACGUACGCGCAGUUCUACCAGAUCGACCCAGCGUUGGUGUCCACCUCGGCACCAACGGGCGAUGAGGUGAGUGCGCAAGUCAAGCUGCUCAGUCCCAGUGCGAUCGAGAUCCCCGGUCCGGAUCCGAGCGUGUGGGUCACUCCCAGAUUCCUCUUCCUCUCGCUGCCCGUGUCCAACGAGCAGCGUCCCAAGCCAGACCAGCCCAAGCCAGCACAGGGAAAGGUCAAGCACCAGGUCAUGGCACUGCCCAAUCUCUUUGUCGCUGCCUCCGAGCGCGGUUGGAUCGCAGGCAAGGGCCAAACCGCCACAGACUCCAGACAAACUCCCCUGCUCGGCCUCAACAGAGACGCAUCCUCCAUCGUCACUUGCACCGUCCCACUCGCCAAAGCAACCCUCUCCCUGCGCGCCUCCAACAACUAG